CGUAUACGUGUUUUCUAAAAAUAACAACAUCAACAUAACCUCAAAAAUCAGUGAAAGCUCGAAUUUUACGUGUAGAGAGUGCGCGUUAAAAAUGAACAUUCCCUAUGGAAAAUUGACGAUUUAUUUACUAACUUUUGUCGGGUACAUUUACUCCGGUUAUGGUUCGGGUAUUUUAGGUAACUUGAGGGAUGCCGUCCUAUCGGCGGAAAGCGUUUUCGGCGACGUUUUCAAGAACGUCAUCAAUUUGGCGCAGAAAUUUAGAAAUCUGCACGACGUUUUUGAUGCUGCGGUGGACGAAGAGUGCAUUUUUAAGUGCCCAAAUGGUUUUCCCCCAAAACCAAACAGAAAUCACGUGCCAAAAGCUGACGGUUGCGGUUCUCUGGGACUCAACAUCAACUCGGAAUAUCUACCGGUUAAAGAGAUGACGAAAUGUUGCGAUUUGCAUGACAUUUGCUACGAUACUUGCAAUAAAAAUAAGGAGACUUGCGAUGUGGACUUUAAAAGAUGCCUUUAUAAAUAUUGCGAUACGUACGAAAAGAGUCUGGGCGGGCCUACAAUAAUGAAAGCUUGUAAAGGUGCAGCUAAAAUGCUCUUCACUGGGACACUCACACUGGGCUGCAAGUCCUAUUUGGAAGCCCAAAAAGUGGCGUGCUAUUGCUCUGAUGCCAAACCUCCCUCAUACGGUUGGAAGGAUAAAAAGAACGCCAAAUAUUCGAGGGGGGAUGGGGAACUUUAGGUUGUUAUUAAUGGUUAAUUUUUGUUUAAAUAAAAUGGCAAUAAAAUGCG